AUCGCCCGUCAGUUAUCAACUUCGCGGCACUGCUGCUGCCCGCCGUCGUCGUCGCGUCUCGCGUGUGCUCCGAGACUUGAUGUUUCAGUGCUUCGGACUUAUCUAACGCCGAUCUAGUCCGCCUGCCCGCCAGGAUGGCCCUCAAACACCCGCUGACCUCUUUGACUGCAUUACUUUUUCUGAAAUACUGCAUUGCUGCAUCCAUGGUGAAACCUCUCAUUAGCAAAAAUGUGUCUGAAUCUGUCAAUGAUAAACUAACUCGUUUUGAUGAAUUUGACUGGGAACUUUGCAAGCUUGUAUACAAUGCCACAAGAGAGAACGUGCUCAUAUCUCCCAUUAGUCUCAAAUUACUAUUGGCAAUUUUGUAUGAAGGGGCAGGCGGAGCAACAGCCAAAGAAAUUGAGGGAGUUUUGCAAGUAUCACCCCAAGAGAAAGGAGAGCUGCGGAAAAGAUUCAGCCAUAUUCUCGGUGAACUCCAUGAAGAAAGUCCAGACUACACCCUUCACUUUGGUACCAGCACUUUCAUCGAUAAGUCGAUCAAACCGCACAGUGAGUUCUCAGGCAAACUGAAGCAAAUUUACAACUCAAGUAUCAUCAAAGUGCCUUUUAAACAGCCAGACAAUGUGGUCGCGGAAGUGAAUUCUUGGGCAAAAUUAGUGACUCAUGGUUACAUUGAAAAAUUCUUGUCCAAAGAUGACAUCUCGGAAGAUGAAGUUUUGAUGAUGGCAAAUAUUCUAUUCUUCAAAGGUUUGUGGCAGAAACCUUUUGAUCCUAGACGUACAGAGCCAAGGGUUUUCCACAUCAAUUCCACUUCUGGUAUCAAAACACCUUUCAUGAACAUGUUUGAUGAAUUUUAUCAUCUCAAUGCAACUGAUAUUGAUGCUCAGAUCCUCAAACUACCAUACCUAGGUGAGGAAUUCUCAAUGUACAUCUUGCUGCCAAACCAAAAAUCUGGACUGAACGAAUUAAUGAAGAAACUUCAUCUUGGACUGCUGAGAAAUCAUUUUGCUCGUUUGACGGAAACCAAAGUGUUUGUCUCUUUACCAAAGUUUUCCUUUGACUCACACACAUUUUUGAAGCCUUUUCUUCAACAGCUUGGAAUCAAAGACAUGUUCAGUGAGAAAGCUGACUUAUCAAAAAUUGCAGCAGAUCCGCAUCACCAACUCGCUGUUACCAACAUUCUUCAGCGAACUGGAAUAGAAAUCGAAGAGACAGGCAGCACUGCUUACGUUAUAACAGAGGCUCACCUAGCAAACAAAUUUGGCGAUUCUUACCAUGAAUUCAUUGCAGACCAUCCAUUCGUUUUCUCAAUUGAACAUGAUAAGGGCAAAAUUCCUGUAUUUUCUGGAAAAUUGGCUAAUCCAACCAACAAGUUCUCUGAAGUUGAAGCAAUAACAACUUCCCCAUUACCUGCUCCUGCCUCGACUGAAGCCCCCAAUGAUAAUGCAUCCACCACCGUCAAAAUGAGUGCUGCACCAGUGGCUGCAAGCUCUAGUGCUGGAGGCAACGGAAGUGGACCUGCAAAUGGACCUGUAAACGGACCUGCAAGUGCGCAUGCAAAUGGACCUGCAAAUGCGCAUGCCAAUAGACCUGCAAGUGGGCAGUCGAAUGCCAGCACAACUACUGAAGACGCCAGCAAUGUGCUAAUUCCAGCGCCUCAAUCACAAGGAGCUUCUAUCGCUGCACCUGGAUCAUCUUAUGCUGCAGUAGCAGGAGGAAAACCCACUGCUUCUUCUGUGGCCCCCAUGGAGUUUCUGAGAGAUUCAUCUUUUGACACCAACCUCUUACAGGCGAUUUUUCUUGCUAAAAGCAAGGAGAAUAUCUUGGUCUCUCCUGCCAGUUUGAAAAUGACACUUGCCCUGCUCUUAGAAGGGGCUAAAGGAGAAACUGCUGCUGAGUUACAAGAUGUAAUGAGAUUGCCCAGGAAUGUUGCUCGAUGGCAAGAGCAGCUCGGGAAUUUCCAUGGAGGCUUAAAGAGGGACACAAAAAAUGUGACAGUUCAAUCAGCAAAUGGUAUUUUUGUAUCUGAGGGUUCAAAGAUCUCCCAUCGCUACCAGUCAGUUGCAUCGAGUAAUUAUGGGUCAAGCGUUGUCUCAGUGAAUUUCAAAGACCCGAAAUAUGUCUCUACAAUUGUUAAUAAUUGGGUGAAUGCCAACACUCGAGGAUUAGUUGAUAAAUUAAUUUCCUCAGACGAUAUUGAUGCUGAUUCAAAGAUGCUUCUAGUCAAUACCCUUUACUUCAAAGGCAAGUGGGAUCUAGGAUUUUCCUCUAAAACAACAUCGUAUAGAUGCUUCAACACGUUCGAAGGAAAAUGCGUACAAACGCCGAUGAUGGAAACCAGUUCCUUUUUUAAUUACACACAAAUACCCUCUUUGAACACUCAAGUCAUAGAGUUACCAUACAAUGAUGAGCGAUACUCUAUGAUAAUCAUGCUACCGCAUGACACAGUUUCUUUCAAUAAACUAGUUAAAGAGCUGCCCGGUGAACAACUAGAGUCAAUUUUAUCAACCAUGCACAUGAAAAAGGUCUUCGUUUUCAUGCCUCGUUUCAGCUGUGAGCACACUUCUCAUCUUGUGCCUAUCUUGCAAGCGCUUGGUCUAAGAGAAGUUUUCUCACAAAGUGCUGAUUUAACAGGCAUCUUUUCAAGUGGUGAGCACCUGAGUGUUGACAAGAUUGUGCAAAAAUCAAAAAUAGAGCUGGACGAACAUGGAGCAGUUGCUGCAUCAGCAACAGGAACUUUUGUGAUUCCACUCAGCAGCUCGGUAGCCACUUUUGAUGCGGACCAUCCUUUCAUCUUCUUCCUCAGGGAUCGAGAGAGUGGCGCCAUUUUAUUUGAAGGUAUUCUCUCAAACCCGCAGGAAUUUUCAGAAAGUGUCCGCCCUAGCGAGUCGCACAUCCAACCUCAGGUUGCCAACAAAAUCCCUCCUCCAGCCUCCUCUGUCUCUGCUGCUUCAAAACCAAACCUGGCACAGUCAACAGAUAAUCAAGGAACUCUACAAUCUUUAUCAACAUUUAUGAAUAGCACGCAGUUUGGGUUCUACAAUUUGAACCAAAAUCAAGGUGCGAAUAAUCUAAGUGGGAGCAAAGAGAAACCGACUGUCGCGCCAAAAAUUCCCGAAAUAACUGGUAACAAACCUAGUUCAAAUAGUCAUGUUCAGAGCACAAAAAGACCUGUAGUGCAAUAUCCUGAGUCUGAGUAUUACCAAAAACCAAUACCUAGUGACCAAGAUGCUAUUUUAUUCUCUGCAAAUCAAACAAAUCAAAAUACAAAUACAAGAGUUCAAAAUCAAAACACAAGGUACAGGCUGCAAGGUUGAUGUCUGUUGUGCCAAUGCAAGCGACAAUGUUAGCUCAUAAGAUGAAUGUAUCAUAGGCCGUGACAGGUGGCCUCCUAUGAAUCAGUUUUCUUAUUCAUUUGUGAGUCUAUGAUAUGAAUAUUGUCCAAUUCCCUCGUUAUUUUUUGUUCAUGCUUUUUGCUAAUUCGUUAACGUAGGUAACUUCUUUGUGAAGUAAUCGUCCUUUUUUGUUAGUUUUUUAUAUCUGCUUUUUGCAAGCUACAUGGAAAAAAUAGCAAAAUGAUCUUUGUUACACCUUUUCGUAGUCUCUGGUUUGAUCUAUAAUUUUCUUGCUUGUCAGUCAAUUUCUUAUUCCAUGCACCUAGGAAAAAUUAGACAUAAGUGUGCACAAUUUUUUUAAGCAUUUUUUUAAAGUUUCAAGCAAAAUGAAUUUACUCUUACACUCUUAACAUGUACUAUAUUGUUCUCCUUUACACUUUCAAAAUGUGUGGAAUAAGAAAUUUCGAAACUGUUUUUCCUAAGUUGGUUUUAUUUAUCUAUCUUUAUCAGUUGGGUUUCAUUGAACUGAAGUCUACUGAAAAAAAGAGUAAAUAUUAAAAAGAUGCUUAAUUACUGUCACAAUACAAAAACUGUAUAUUCUUUUAACAUUCGUAUGAUAGAUAGAACCUCUCUCCACACUGGCAUCCUUAUGAUUAUAGAGAUUCAAUAUUGAGGAGCUUACAUACUGUAAUUGAUGAAGCCAGCAAAUAUUUUGAAUCUGUAAGUUUUUAUUAGCUAUGUAUUAAUGAGCUUUAACAAAUCGAUUUUAUGAUCCCUCAUCACCUGUUUUUUGUGAUUCUCUAUUUUUGUGGAGCAUUAGGCAUUCCUUUUUUUGAACAGCUACUUCCAUUUCAAUCUCAAAUUAUUUCCAGAUCCCUUUUUUUCCUCUUUUUUUUUGUUUUUUUUUUUUUGUGCGUUUUAACCUGGAAACCCCUCUUCAUGAACCAAAAAUUAUUGUAAACAAUUGAUGACCUCCCAGGUAAUGUACCAUUGGAGUGACAAAAUAGAAUUUUUCGACUCCUUAGAACAUUUCUAAGCCAGUAUUUGUCAGAGUGUUUUUACAAAAUUAACAACUCUUAAUAAAAUAUAGUUCUCUACUGAAAGCUUUCUAGUAACUUUCUUGGCAGGUAACUUUCAUACAGCUGUCAGAAUGUAUCUCUAACGUUUAAAACGACAUUCGGAACAAGGAUUAUCACUUGUUGAAUUGAUGACUGAAAUGAGGAUGCUUUAUACCAUUUAAUUUUUCUUGAAAAAUGAAAGCUCUGAAAAACUUUUAAAAUUUCUAACAUUUAAAUGUGCCUUUACAGCAGUUGACGGACUCAAUUGUUAAUCUGUUGUAUCCCAUAGAAAAGUAGAUACAGGCCCUGUAAUUUUAGGGAAACCAUUAUAAUAUCUAAGAAAACAUUUGUUAGCUUUUGUACAAUCCAUUUUAAAUUCUGUGAUAAAAUUAGAAAUUUUUUCCAAGUCCAGUUUUAUUUAUUUAAAUCUGUCUUCUUCAUUUUGUGGCAUUAUUUUUUAAGUGUGUGAAUUUAUUGUAAAUCACAUGGAGUCAUUUUUAGUUUCCUUAAAUCAUUACCCAGUAAUGUCAUUUUGAAAAGUAUGAUCCAGCUAUAAAGCUAGAAGCGUUUGUAAGUUUGAUUCUUUGUGAUUUUCUCUAAAAAGGCGCUGAGUGUCUUUUAACUCUCUUUUGAGUCACAUGCUUACUUUUGUUACAUGUCUAGGUAUAGUUGAAUGAUGCCUUCUCAUAACUGUGAUAUUUUCAUUGCAACUUACUAAAUAUUAUCGAAACAAUUUUAUCUUCCUUUCUCAUUAUUUAAGUUGAAAACUCUACUUGGAUUAAGCAUUGAAAUGCUUAUAUUAAUUGAAUUUUCUUAUCUACUUGUCUCUUUUCGUUCCAUACUUAACUCCCUUUUUUCACAAUAAAUUUUUUGAUGAAAA